AAAAUUUUGAUAAAAAAUUAAUAAAAAUUGAAAAAAAUGUUUCAAAUUUCGCGUACUCGUGUUUGGAAAGUAUUAUUAAAGCUGAUUCUAAAUUUCGAUUGAAUUUUGAUGCAUGUAAAUUCAUUAGUUCUCUAAUCUAGCGUUUCGUAUGCCCUGUUGGGCUGUUGCAAACUUCAUCGUUUAAGUAAAAUUACCGUAUCUGUGGUCGGAAUUUUUGUUCUAAAUUAUUAAUUUUCAUUCUCCUAAAGCAUUAAAUUGUUCAUUUUAACCGUAGCAUAAACGAUUGAUAAUUUACAAUGUGAACUUAUCAAUGAACUUUAGUUUCAUUACAUCGUGAAAUAACAGUAUACAUUCCUACGAUGGCGUCGUCUUCGUCCUCAGGAUCUGUUCCAGAGAACGUUCAGUGUCCUUCUAAUGUCGAAAACAUGUCGUUAAAUUCGGUCAGCUCGAUUCAAUCUACAGCUAGUGAUAUUGAUCGUGGCGUUGCCCAUAGAAAUUUACGUAGAUCACCCAGUUUGAGUAAUUCGCUGAAAACAUCUGGUUUGCCGAACAUGAAAGGAAAAACUCGAUCCGCUUCGCUGGGAAGAGAUAAAAAAUCCGACGACUUGAAAGCGCGAUAUUGGGCCUUUCUAUUUAAAAACUUGCAACAUGCUGUCGACGAAUUGUAUCAAACCUGCGAGAUGGACGAAAGUAUCUCGGAAUGUAAAGAGGUUAUUCUGGUAUUGGAAAACUACACGAGAGAUUUUCACAAUCUAACCGAAUGGUUUCGAGUAGAAUGGGAAUACGAAAAUACACCAGGACCGCAGCGGCCGAAUUCGCUUGCUUGGGAAGUUAGAAAAUCAUCUCCUUUGAAACUUAUUCGCAAUAAUCAUCAACCCACGUUCAACGGAGUCGCUUGUCGAAAAUUACUAUUCGAGUUGAGUAAAAACCCUCUAUCUACAGCCGAAGCAAUCGAACAUUUAUCGCCUAAAUCGUUCAACGCUGGUGUAGAAUCGAACACACGUACGAAUAGCGUCCUGACAGAAAACCGAUCCGUCGAAGAAGCUGUCGAAUGUGAAAAACCCGUAGCUCCGGUCAUCAAAGACUCAUUAGCGAAUAACGGAACUCUGGUGGAGAACUCAUCGCAGACAGAUGACGAUCCAGCCUCUUCAGCGGUGAAAAAGCAGCUGCCGAAUAUCGGCCGGAAAAUGCCUGCUGGAAGUGCGCUAUACGCAAAGAAAAUGGGUCGAAGCAUUCCUGGUACGAACACUUGCGAGACGAAGACUACAUCUGCGUCGGUUUCAUCGUUACCGGCGGCCAAACGUGGUCCGACGAUUGGAUCGCCUCGUAAAGUAGCUCCAGGUUUUAAUGUCGCUGCUCCUGUAUUUUGUCCUCGCCGGAAACUACCAGUCGCCGAUAUCAAAUCACCUACGACUAACGAACCGAAAACUGCUACCGUGUUCAACGAUCCUGUUAUUAUCAAGAGUAAAAUUCCACGAAGUCAAUCUGAUCCUGUUUUCGAUACUGGAGCUAGUAGUAAAAAAAUUGUCGUUCAAGAGAAACCGUAUCUGAGUGCGGAAUGUGUUAAGAAUGAUAACGACGAAGGUGCAGUCUCCAGUCUCGUUCUUUCGUCGGUACCUCCGUUAGCUUCUUCCGUUCAUUCGUUACAUGUUAUAAAUGAACGAGUUCCAAUUACCGAAGCUCCUGUUACUGUCACUUCUCAACCUUCUAACGAGACUAAGGUGCCUGAAAAUGUUCCAAAAGUCGAGCCAACUGAUAAAUGUAAUAAUGCUAGUGCUGGAAUACCGAAAGAGCCUGUCUCGAUCAGCGCUACGACCGGAGUCGUCACUGGACCCAGCACCACUGCCAGUGUCACGACUGCAGUCGUCACUGGACCUAGCACCACUCCCAGUGCCUCGACCGGAGUCGUCACUGGACCUAGUACCACCGCCAGUAAACCACCUGUCACGAAACCGAUCGUCGUAGUGGCAAAAACAGCCCCGAAACCUGCAGCUAAAUCCGAUAGUCGAAUUUCCACCGUUCUAAAUAAUGCUAUCGUUGGCGAGAAACAUCCCAACACUGGUGUAAUUACGAACCCUACGGGAAGAAAAUACGAUACGAUGAGAAAGAAUACUCGUAACGUCGUCGUCGUCAACGGUGGAGCUCCGAUGACACGAAAUGGACCCAGGGGUCGUCAGACUGAUCCUCAAAAUCGAACCAUUGGUGCCCCAGAACGUCGUCCAACGACUACUUUAUCAACACCGAAGCCUAAAACUGACCCAGCUACGAACAAUUCCGUUAAAAGUGACGUGGAUAAGAACGAAGGGAAACAUCCAACCGUCCCCUCAACCACUACACCUUUACCCGCAGCUAAUAAACCAAUCACUGCCAAAAAAGACGGCCCAGCUGAAAAAUGGCGUUCGUUCAAUUCGCAUAAUAACCAUUCAAUGCCCGCAACGAAAUCGAAUUCGUUCCAAGACGGUUUCAAACGUACUGCUCAUGGCAAAUACUCGAAUAAUAUUACUCGAAGCAAAACCUCGAUCGAUUUGAAAUCCACCAACGGUGGAAAUCGAGCCGCCGCCGCAAAUGCAUGCAGAAGCGCUCCACCCAAAGAUAAGGCAGCUAGAUCGAACGAGAACGAUUCGCCUCGCCAUAGACGCAGCUCCAAAGAUAUCGAUGGAUGGGAGACGGUAAUCGGUAAAUCCAGACGAUCGGUUCCGAACUCAUUCAACGCUAAGAGUAAAUCAUUCGAUGUGAAUAAUCGUUUCAACGAACCUAGUUCGUCCACAUCGCUUCCAAUACUCGUUCUGGAAGAUGAAGAAGCAGGCAACGUUGCCUCUGCCGGAGCUAAUACUAAAGAGAAAAACGUCCCACGUCAGCAACAACCGAAUCAUAAUAUCGAUGGCAAAUCUAAAUCAGCUCUCGAGAUAAAAAGUCAUAACAAACAUCGUAAUCGAAACAACAGCCACAAUAGUAACAACAGUAACGGAAACCGAGAACAUAAUCCAGUCUCGGAUAAAUCGAACGAAAAAGAACAACAAACCGACGAAGUUGUCAACCAAUCAGUUCGUGUUACUAACUACAAUAAUUACAAUUUACGAAAGGAACGACCGAUCAUUAGUAAUACAGCUAUUUUCACCACAAUCCAACCGAAGAAAAAGAAACCCAACGAAAAAGAUAGUCGUAAACUUAAAGGAGCCACAAAAGAAAACAAAAAUACCACCUCGAUCAAUAAUAGCCCCAAUAAACACGAUAAAGAACCCACCUCGAACGAAGACCUAUCAGACGACGAAGAAUCUUUACGUAAAAGCAAAGAACUACACGAGAAAGAAAUCAGUCUCCAGAACGAAAUCAACGAGUUACAAAAAGAUACCGAUUUAGAGACCGAUGGCGACGCAGAUACAGAAAUAGACAUAGAUGCCGAUUCAGACAGCACAGAAGUUGAUCCAGAAAUUGUAGACUUGUGUAAUAAUAAUAAUCUAACCAGACGAGCUGUACUGGAAGAGAAAUACGAUCACAUAUUGACCAAUUUGUCAUGGGCUGAACGAACUGAUACUUUGGAUAAACUAGAGGAACUUCUGAUUCGUGAUCCGAGUGGUAAAUGUCUAAAAUUCGUCAAGAAUUUCACCACGUUGAAACAGUUCGAAGAUCUGGUCAGUAGAGCCCCCGGCCGAGCUAACGAAUUACAUCAGAGAUUCCUUUCUCCUUCGCGAAAACGUACCAGUCCCGAUAGCACUAUUUUGCAACAUAAAGCCAGGCAAGCUAAAGCUAAACAGAAUCGAGAACAGCUGCAAAGAGAUAAAUCGGCCAAAGUUAGAGAAUUAUUGAACAAGGUGGCCGAAGUAAAAGCUAUGCAAGCUCAGUUAACGAACGAACGUAGAGAAAAAUUAGAUCAGAAGUUGAAGAAAGCCGAAGAAAAUCGAAAUCUGCAUUUGAAAAAUAUUCAAGAGAAAGCUCACGAUGAAGCUAAAAAGCAAAGAGAAAUCGCUUUCAUCAACGAACUGGAAGCUCAGAACAAACGGCACGAUUUUUACGCUUUGUGUCAGGAACAAGAAAAUAGAUUGCAGAGUAUUUUGGAAGACAGACAGAGACGUCAGGAAGAAAAAGCUGCCAAAGAAGCGGCCGUAGAAGAGAGGAGGAAAGCUAUCGAAGCCGAAAGACAGGAAAAAGCCGAAGAGCUUAGAGAAAAAAUGAGAAAACGAGAAGAAAGAAUUGAUCGCGAAGUUCAAGAAAAAGAACGCGAACGAAUUAAAAUAGCCAGAGAAAAGGCUAGGGAUCGAGAAGAUCGUCUAUUAGCUUUACAAGCUGCUCAAAUCGCCAACGCGGAAGAGUUGCAGAAAAAAAUCCAACAGAAACAAGAAAAUUCGGCUCGACGUCACGAAGAAAAUAUCGAGUUGAUUCGUCAAAAAGCUAUCGAGAUCGGAACUCCUCGAUUGACGCCGUAUCAAAUUAAUAAAUUGUGUUCAGUUUGUAAUGUUGUGAUCGACUCCGAAGUAUUCCUACUCAGCCAUUUGAAAGGAAGAAGCCACCAAGAAGCUGUAAAGAAAUAUCGCGAACAGUUCGAAGCUAACGUCAAAUUCAACGAAUGCUCCAUCAUCACCAACGCCCCAGCUGAUGUCUUACAUAAAAAAAGAAGCCGCGAAAAAGAAAGGCAAAAUACACUACGUAAACGUUGCAAAAAAAUACGACAUCGAUUAUCCAAUAGGAGUGAAGAAUAUUUGAAGAAUAUUUCGACGAAAAAAGACAAGUGCAAGAAAGUCGACUCAUCGAAUAAGGGUAGAAUAUUAAAAUCCAUCAAAGAAAUAGAAAAAUUACUCAGCACUCAAGGUAACGGAGUCUGGCCGAAUAAUGCUGUUACCAUCCUGGAGAGAAAUUUAUUCGAGAUAAUUCGUAUUUUGGAAAAAAGUCACGCUGAUGAUCAACGUAUGUUCAAAGAAUUCGAUGGUUUCGGAAUGUUAUCGAAAGUUUAUAAUUUAGCCCUCGAUUUACCGAAAAAUAUGAGCCCUUAUUUGCCACUCAAGUGUUUCAUUGUAGCAUCCAAUUUGUUCGCUGUUGCGUGUAAUCAAAAUGUUGAAAAUUGCUUGUACGUUUUAUUGUCGAAUAACCUGAUUCAGAUUUUGGAUUUCCUUUUGAAUCGUUUGAACCUCAUAAUGCCAAACAGCGACGAUAGAAAUGGAAUGGUGGUUUAUAAAGCGGAUACAGUAGCCGAUGUUUUGAUGAACGUGUGUUCGAAUGUGCUAUCGAUCAUCACAUCGUUGACUUCGAAUCACGAUUACCAAGAUGGCGGUGGAAGCGAUUGCGACUUGGAAAUAGUUUCGGCUCAUUUACAAGACGUAGUCAGUUACGUAGUUUGUACCGGAAUCGUGGAUAAAUUAGCUGUAUACUGUAGCAGUGUUCAUGAUAAUAAAUCGGCCGACUCGUACUUCUUGUUACACUGCAUGGAAUUACUAACGCAGCUGGUUGAAACAAGACGAGGUAACAUCACUAAUAAAGAAGACUGUACGCAAUUAAUGGCCACAUUAAAAGCCACCGAACUAGUAGGCGCCGUUUCAAUGCUGUACGCCAUGUUACUGCAUCAAGACAGCAUGUCCAAUGAUAAUUCGACCGUUUCAGCCGUCCUUAGACCAGACGUGGUCAACGUUAUAAUCGCCACCUUGAAAUUGUUCAGUAAAGUCGCCGAGCUUAAUUUGAAAUUCUUCCAGAAUAUAUUGGGAGCUGAAGGAAUAUCGUUGCAAGUUCGACACAUUAUUAGUUAUUUACUCAGAUAUUGCGCUCAAAAUGAUAGCUGUAAAGAUCUACUUCAUCAAGUCAUCGAGUUUAUUGGAUUUUUCGCUAUUCAUCAUACAGAUAAUCAGCUCAUACUCCAAUCCGGUUCAACACCUACCGUACUGCAACAGCUGUCCAGUUUACCAUUCGCCUACUUCAGCAAUCCAGCCUUAGUCAAGAUAUUAUUCCCUACUUUGCUAGCCUGCUGCGUUGGUAAUCCACAAAAUCGCACUAUACUCGAUCAAGAAGUCUCCUACCAGUUACUGGAAGAUUUUCAAAACGCUCAAGAAUCUAAAAAUAUUCCACUGAUAAAAUUACUACAAACGAAUUGAUAAAUCGUCGAAUAUAAUCUCAAUUAAAUCUCUUCUCUACUAAUUCCUACUAGUCUCGAAUGUUUUACUUGUUAUUAUAGUUUUAUUUGUUCUAUUUUAUUAUUUUUUUUUCCUUCAAUUUUCAAAUUACGUACUAACAUUCCUUUAUUUUUCUCAUCGUCUUUCGUCACUUGUUCUACGUUUUGGUUUUAUUAGAAACUGCGAUCGAAUCCGUCGUUCCUUUUUUUACGUUCAUUUUUUAGAUGCUUUUUUAACCCUUUUUUUUUCUUUCGCCUUAAUUUACUUUCGUGAUACUAAAUCUGCUCGUAUGUAAACCUUUUUGUACUUCGUGAAUUUUAUUAGAUGAAUAUUGUAUCGUGUCUAAUUUUAGAUAUGUACCUAAUGCAAAUGUGCAUUCAAUAAAAAGAAUUUCAUACUAAGAA